AUGGACCCGCUUUCUGCUGGGUUUGGCUCCUUCAGGCCGCGGGCUGCUGCUGCUGCUGCUGCGGCGGCGGCGGCCACGACAGAUGCCGAGUCCUCAGCACCGGUCGACCAGGCUAAUCCUCAACCUGGAGGCUCAUCGCACAGCCGGGAGGUGGUCCCCUUCCAAGGGACCCGAUCUCCCAGCCCGUCAGGCCGACGCCCUCGACGCGGCCGGGGCUCGGCGCACUCGCAUAGUCGCUCACGCAGCCACUCGCGCAGCCGUUCACGUAGCCGUUCACGAGGCCGGGAUCGGCGCCGGCGCCACCGGCGCGAUCGAUCCCCCGAUAGAGCUGACCGGCGUCGGCGCCGACACCGAUCGACCUCCCCCGCAUCGGGGUCCACCUGCGAUCGGCUCCUUGAUGCCCUGUCCUCUGAGGACGUCCGGAUGAUUGUGGCCAGCUCCGGGUCCGGGACCGGGGCGGCGGCAUCUCGCAGUCGGCACCAUCCUCGCCGGCGGCGCUCCAUCUCGUCCCCCUCGACCGAGCGGCCUUGGCUGGCGCCGACUGCCGGCACCGAGGGCGACGGCUUCCUCGUAGACCCUCGGGGAGAUGUGUCACUCCUUCGCCGGCAAUCUUUGCUCAUUCCCCCGACUGGGGCGUCGGCUGCCAGUGGCGGGCCCCUGCCACCGCACUAUUACCGGGUGGAUGCAUCCGCGGUGGCGUCAGCCCCGGUGUCCGGGGCUGCUGCCAGCGUGCUGGGCUUGCCCCAAGAAUGGGAGGCAUCCUUCUCGCGAGCUAGCCGCCGUGGCCGUCCGGAGCCCGAUUCCGAACUUGUCAACCCCCGCCUCCCUCCCGCCUGGCUACCAAUUUCCGACCACCCACCUCCCCUACUGACGGUUCUGCCCAAACCAAGCAGCUGGUCUGCUCGGGGGGAUCCGUUGUUGUUGCUGCGCGAGGCAGGAUCUCGGGCUCGGCCGUCGGCCCCCGGCACCAAGGCCGAGCCGGAGGCGGGUCGGCGCAAUGCCACGCACACGGCCGACACAUUGGCCGUUGUGCGGGAGGCAGGCCUGGUCCGGAUGCUGUAUGCUCAUGUGUCAGCUCGAUCGCCUUGCGAGCUGGGCAGCCAGAGCGUCUGGCCAUCGGACCUGCUGCUGGUACAGGCCUUGCGCCUUCAAGCGGCCGAGGCGGCCGGCCACCAGGCCAGCAUGGCCACCCCCGGUCCGGACCCGGCUGAUGGCUCCUUCAUCCCGGUGGGCCAGGAGCCGGAGGGCUCGCGCGACGUGUCCACCUCCGAGGUAGACCCGGCCGAGGGUCCGGCCGAUCUGGCGGAGCAAGUGGCCUCCCGAGUGGGCGCGGCUUUCCGCCUGCUGCGAGAUGACCCGCUGGCCGCGGACCGGUGGCUGGAGCUUGCAGCCCUGCGGGGCCUACAGCUGGCCCUGGCUUUUUUACCGACCGGACGGCCGCUCACUCGGCGGCGGGUGGCCCGGGCCCGGCGGGCCGCGGCCGAAGCCCUGGCCGAUGUUCUGGGGCUGGGGCUGGCGCGUGCACGCGGCCGCCUGGCCGAGCGUCUAUCUGGUCAUGCACUGAGUGGAAUGUCCACCCGGCCCUUGGCCCAUGUGCGGGCCCAGUUGUCCGGGGACUGGGGACACCUGUGGCGCGUGGCCGCGCGAACCAUUCAGUGCCUCUACGAGGGCACCCGCCCGGCUGAGGGGCUCAACCGGCUGUCCGGCCUGAGCGCCGGGGUGGUGAAUAUGGCCCUGGCUCCAUGGGCCGAGCGUCUUCGACUUGAGGCCAUGCGCGGGUCUGGGGCCGACCGGCGCCGCGCCGCGGCCCUGGUGCAAAUGCAUCUUCUCGGGGAUCCGGAGGUGGUGCAGGCCGCCUUCCUGGCCAGUCAGGAAGCCCUGGCCACCGGGACCACCGGCCUUGGCCGGACAUUGUGGCAGCAGCUCCACCUGGCGGUGGAGCUGGGCAGCUUGGCUGGCGAGUCGGCCGCUCUCGCGGCCGGGUCGCGUCCGGCGCCUGCCCCCCCCGGCGGGGCCUUUCCCCAGCCGGAGCACCUCUUCCGGCUGGUGGCCUGGCUGCAGGCGGCCGGCCGGACGGCCCGAACGGCCGACGAAGCCGGAUACUCCGAACGCGCACUCACCCUGGCGGUGUGUGGAUUGUCGUGGCUGCUGGGGGCCCCGGAGCGGCUGGAGCUUGCGGGGCAUUUGCCCGUCGCCCGGUGGCUGUUUUAUGGCCGACGUGCGGAUCGCGCUUCACUUGGCGCCGGGCCGGCCCUCCACACCCUGGAGACCGGGGUCUCGGUGCCCGAUGACGCUUUCGACGCGGAAAUCGACCACCGGCUGGACAUGCUCGAGGGGUCCGAGCCACUCGAGCCACAGCAGCAGCAGCAGCAGCAGCAGCAACCACUCCUGCAUCCGGACGUGGGGGACUUCUCGGACAUGCAGUUCCGCGGGCGCUUCACCCAGGCGGCCCUCACGUCGCGGAUUUGGGCCAGCUGGUUCCUGACGGAAACCCAGCGUGCGGCACACCUGUGGCGGCCGCUCAUGGACCUGCCGGCCCCGGGGCCGGAUGGCUCGACGCCCGGGCUUCCGACAUACGACCCGGCGCGCGUGGUCCUGGCGGCGGACUUGCGUCCGGCCGGGCCCGGGGCCUUUGGGCUUGGGCCGGCCGCCGGGCGGGAGGCUGCCGGGCCGGUCCGCGCCGCCGGGGUGCGAGCCCUCCUGGGGCUGUGCCUGUCCCUGGCCGGAGUGCCGCAUGGGCCGACGCUGGCUGGCGGCCACCGAGCCUGGUCCGAGUGCAUGCGGCAGCCAGGGGCCGAGGCCAGCGGGGCGACGGACGCCUUUGGCCGGUUUUCCCCGGGCCCCGGGGGCGCUGGCGAUCGGGCGCCCCUCUUCGAGUGGCACCUCGCCGAGGCCGCCGACCCGGAAGCCGUGGCAACGCAAGCCGGUGCAUUGGUUCUGCCAGCGGGUCUGGCUGCGACUCUCCCCUCGGUGGCAUUGUCCUGCAUGGCCUGUGCCGGGACUGGGCCCCAUGCGCCUGGCAGCGUGUCCUGCGUGUGCGGUGCCACUCCUGCCGCGGCCGAGUGGGCGCUAGACCGCGUCCUCGGCCGGGCGCUUGGAGGUCCCUCGGCUGCCGUUUCAGGGCCAAUCUUUGGCCCAAUUGGCCUGGCUGAGCGCGCGGAUUUCCUUGAACGCCUCUUGUCGAAGGCUCUGUUUGACACAUCAGCCGGGCCGAGUGGCGAGCGGGCCUUCCGUAGCCAGUUUGGCGAAGACCACGCUGAAAGCCGGCUUUCGGCCGAGGUAACCCUUCUCCGGCUCUGCUUGGCUUUGGUCCGGGCUUCGGAAGUCGAGGCCACGAGUGACUUAUUGACCAUGGCUCACGCGCAGCUUGAGGCUCUCCAGCUCCAAAUGCGCGACCAGCCCUUCGCCAACCGCCUCCUCUGGCGGUCGGUGGCCCGGUUACGGGCACUCCCCCCAGCAGCCAACGCCACAGCCACGGUCUUGCAGCAGCGUGUUGACCUGGCCGCGAAGCUACUCCAAACCGUGGGACAACGUUACGCUGGUGAUCGAGACCCGGCUUCGGCCUGGAUGGCCAGCCUCUCCGAGAGCCGCCUGGCAUGCGAGCUGUGGCUUGCUUCAUCGGCGUCCAGCGAGUCGCGCGUCCUGCGCAAGGUUCUUGAAAUUGUCCAGCUCCCCGGCCUCGCUGGAGCGCUGAGCACCCUGCAGCGGGACUUGGACCGGGGUUCUGCCACCUCCAGCCCCCUGGACCCCCACUUGGGGGCACUUCUCCUGUAUUUCACAUUCUGUGCGGCUGCCCAGCGCGGCGACCGGCUGGGGGCCGUCCGCCGGGUGUGUGUCACCGUUGUGGCCAUGGCCCGGUCGGCGCUCGGCUGUCUGGCCGCCCCUGGCGUCAGUCGUACGGACGCCGCACACUCGAUGGCCGGCCUGCUUGGCACCGUCCUGGCACCGGUUGAGCGGCUGUUGCAUUUCUUCCGGCGUACAGCCGGCAGCCGGCCGGCCGGCCAGGCCACCCUCACUGCCGGGCAUGAUGGCAGCAGUGGCGCCGACGGUGUCCGGGAGGGCAGCGAUGUCGAUGCCGAUCUCAGCCAGGCUCCCCCGGGGCACCUGGUGGCCGCGGUCCGGCGCAUGUGCCAGCGCCUGACGGGGCUAUGCGCACAGGCCCUGGCCGCUGGCGACUCGGCCGCCCUCGGCGCUACUCCUCGCUGGGCCGGCCUGCCUUUGAUGACCCCCCCGCUGCCGGAGAGCCAGGGUGCGGGCUUUUCCGUGCGCUGGCUCGGCCCGGAGGGCGGCUUUGUCAUCGGCCGGCCGACCUUCACAGCACUCGUGGAGGCGGUUGGCUCGGACGACAUGCGUCACACGACCCGCCGGUUGGCAGCCCUGCUGGCCGACCCGGCGGCCACGGCGGCCCUCACGCGCGAAGUCUUCGCCCGGGUGUACAACACGCGCGUUGUCUCGCGUUUCGAAGCCUGCCUCUCGGCAUCUUCAACCACGCCCCUGGUGUGGCAUUUGUACUUGCUUUGGGUGCGCGCGGCCGCCAUGGUUGAACGUGCCAUUGGGGCCCGGUUCCCCUCGGCCCUGGCCGCCACGUCGGUCGGGGCUCAGGCCAGCCGUGAGGCUCGUCUUCGAGCCUCGCGUCUGCAAAGCCUCGACAGGCAGUGGCGUGCCCGAGCCGAGGGGGUUUUCUACAGCGCCCUCCGGCAGUGCGGCCGGUCCAAAACCAUCCUCAUGCAUGCUUUCGGUGCCGGGCUCUUUGAGAGCCUGGAUGACAGUGCCCUGCUGGCGGUGUACUCGCUGCUGAGCGCCGCGGAGCAGGACCGCGAUGACCGAGCUCUGCUUGGAGAUCGGGUUGUCGACGAGGCCCGGAAGGUGUUCACUCGUGAUGGGGGAUCCUUCCCCCUGCCCUCGGCAAGUGAGGCCCCAUCUCCGGCCGAUCGACUCCCAGAUGGCGAUCCCUUUGGUGGGGAUGCCUGGUGGGGCUUCCGCCUGCGGGCAACGUACCAGGAGGUUGGCCGACUCUUUGGCGAGGCAGACGAGUCUGCCGGAUGAGGCAUGGUCUCUGUGUCUCCUGCCCUGUUGGAGGAAUUCCUCUGCGCGCCUGUACACGCCAUCUCCAGUCUGUAGUGUGUGUGUGCGCGUGUUAGGCGGGGGUGGAUGGCGAAGGCACACAUGCAUCCCAUCACAAGCACACAAACCCAAACACUGGCAAACAGGCACACCGGGAAAGACCCUGGCUGAGGUCCCCUCCCUCCCGCCUGUGCACAAAUAGAGUGAUAGAUAUUUCGCCUCGAC